GGCGAACACAAGAUGAGGUUGAGGCGCAUUCAGUGCGAUUCGAGAAGCGAGAGAGAGUACACGCACUUCCCGGGCGUCAGUUGUGGUAGUGUGGCGCUUCGUGAACAAAUCGAUGUGAUAUGUGAUACGUGUUAUGUUGGAUAAAGAUAUUUAUAUGAAUGUGGACCGCGCCAUGAAAAGGUCAUGACAGCAGGUUUAGAGUAAACGACACUUGACCUUUGACCUGUGGGUGUCGGACACAUGGCAGGUGGUCAAAGCGCGACGGCGGAGUAAGGGAAAUUCGGGAAAGCCAGUAGACGAAGAAAGGAAAGAAAGGAAGCAGAGGAGAGAGAAGAGGGAAGAAGAACCAGCGGGACGACCACACGACCACCAUGACGCUGAGUCCGGGCAGCGUGGGCGUCUUGGGUCUCCUCGUGUGCGCGGCGCUCGAAGGCGCGGUCGGCGGCGGCGGCGGCCUGCCCCGAGUGCGGUGGCAGCCUGGCACGGCGGUGGAGGAGGGCGACACCGUGCAUCUCGAGUGCCAGCUGGCCCUGGGCGUCCCCGGCCCCGCGAUCUGGCUGAAGCUGGACCCUCGUGACCCGCACAGCCACGUCCUGCUCUCCCACGGCGAGAUCGUCAUCACCGACGACCCGAGGUUCUCCGUCGAGCACCACCCGGAGAGCAACAACUACGUGGUGCAGAUCCGCGAGGUGUCGGCGGAGGACGCGGGCAGCUACCAGUGCCAGGUGCCCGUCAACUCGGCGGAGGAGGACCUGCGCGUGGAGGCGGCGCCGCCCGUCGUGGUGACGCUGCUGUCCUCGGCGAGCAGUCCGGCGCCCACUCGGCCCCGCAAGCAGCCCUUCACGCCCGCCAGGUCCUCGGCGGCCCCGCUCACGGCUGGCAACCGCCCCGCGCCGCACGCCUUCCUCCUCUUCCUGUGUUUUCUCCUCCUUUCCAACCUCGCAAGAUAGAAUACGAAGGGGAUGCAGAGCGAAGGGGGAAAGGGAGAGGAGAUUGAGGAUAGAAAGCGAGGGGGGAGGGAGGGAGAGGAGAUUGAGGAUAAAAAGCGAGGAGGAGGGAGAGGAGACAAAAAUAUUUAAGGUGGAAAGAGAGGUUAUUUGCGUAAGGUGAGAGUGGUGCGUUGGAGGGCAGCUCGAGCAGCCGUCAUGGAAAAUUGAACAAAGGAAAACCAGCAUGUAAGGAAGGAGAAUGAACAUGGGGAGUUGUAGAAUGAUUAGGGCGAUGUCCCGUUGCCGAAAGAAAAGGUCGAAGAGAUCAGGAAAAGAGCCUGAGGUCGAGAUAUCUGACAGGGCGACCGGCUCAAACAAGGCUCCUCUCGCCCCAUCCUCGCCCGCAGCGUUGUGACGUCGACCUUCCCUUCAGAGGUCGUGAGUAGUAGCAAGGCAGCAAAGGAAACGGAAAUCCAUCAAGCACGUGAUAGUUCUUAAAAUUAUAUCAAAAGGUAAGGAAUGAAAUCUUAAUAAGAAUAUUUUUACGACCCCCCCCUCUCCAAUCCAUGUAGACAUCGAAAAGGGGGGGGGGGGGAUUGUAUUACAAAAAAAAAGAUCAAUUUCAUAGCCUUCGAUUGAUGGGAUAACAAGUCUACAUUUCUUCGAAUUAGUUUAUUGCCUCAUAAUCCUGCCAAGCUAGACUUUAUGAUUAUCAAAUCUAGAUCUAGAUUUUAUUAUCAUGUGAUAGUAAUACAUAUGUGAUUAAUAAUGUAGAUGCCCUUUCCCUCAGUUAUGGAUGUUGUGUGUGUAUCAUCAGCUGCAAAGUACAUAAAAGUUUCAUAAUAGCCUAUUUUCAUAUCACAUGUUAAGCUGUGAGUGUAUAUAUAUCAAGAGAAACUAAUAGAUGACAGGUUUUGUGAAUGUGGAAGCGACCGUUGAAUGCUUUCCUUCUACAUGUAUAAAAUCUGUCAGUUGUCAUUCAUAGCCUUCGGACUGCCUGGUUGACUGAAUGUCCCUUUCACAUUUCCUAAUAGAUAAAGGCGAGGUCCUCAGCCUCUGUUUCUUUUUGGAUAAAGUAUAGAAAUAGAUUAAUGUUAAAAUUACGGGAAAUGGAAUUGAUAGCAGUGUCCUUUAUUACUAAUCAACGCCAUAGAGGUAUGGUUGCUUGAAGUAAUAGCAUAUUAAACAUUCUUAUGAUAA